UUAAAACUUUUUUCCCCUUCCUUUCCUUAUAUAAAUCAAAUGUUCCGCUCUCGCAAAUCCUUAAAGAACGAAAUUGUUCAAACCUCUUCCCUUUCCUCUGGAAAUGCAUCUAUUCAAAGACCAACCACACCACCCGUUGUAGUAACCGAACCUUUCUAUACCAAUGAACCUGUUUCUUACCAUAAAGACGAAGUCAUCGAUUUACAAGCACCAACACAACAGGAUUUGACGAUUGAAUCCAUGUCAGCAGUGAUUGCAGCAGCAGUAUUGAUGUCUUCUUCCAAGGGAGGUUCACCUUCCUCUCUUUCGCUGGGCAAUGCUUCUAUUUUAAAGCCUUCACCAGCGACACCAACAGCAGAGAAUACAAAGGGUAGAUCACGAUUCUUUUCUAACCCAUGGAAAAAGAACACACCUACCAGUCCUACCCAUAGUUUACCUGCUACACCGGGACUUGAACCUUCUUCACCUUUUGAUAGUACAUCGAGUAUCACAGUCAUGGAUGAUGAUAAUUCUUCACAAGGCUCACCCCGUACUUCAUCGUCUGCUUCUGGACCUGAUGAUGGACGUGAUGAAUUAUUAUACCGUGGUAUUCAAAUUAAAGAGAUUAAAACCACACUCAAGACAUUGGUCAUUUCAGAUGAAGCACGUUAUCCCAUGCCUGAAGUUCGACUUGAAAGACCUGGUUUUGCCCGUAUUAACUAUUAAUAUCUUUUUUUUAAAUAACCUCUCAUACCCCCCCUUCUCGUGUAUUUUAUUCUCCCACAUGUAAUUUUAUUUUCCCUCCCAAAUGAUAACAAUAAAAUCACUCUUUUAAAUAA